UAGUACGUGUAUUGUGUGGGAGACUAAAGAUAAAUUGUAUUUGUAUGUGAGAAUAAAGCAUGAUUAUUGUGAUUUGUGUUAACGCCUUUUAACAUUCAUGAUUAGAACGAAGAAUGAAAAUGACAAAUGUUAAAUUACAGGUGUAUAAAACCACAAAUCUUUUCAGGGCGAUUCAUUAUGAACUAUGAAGUACGUGAAAUAUCAUCUUUUGUGGUAAAUUUUUGUUCGAAAAACGUUUCACACAUAAUUGUGUUUUUUUAAAUAUUAUAAUAAUAUACCUAAUACGAAUUAACUUAGUAGUCAUGUCCAAGGUCAUUAGUUUUAAAUAUAUCUUACCAUUUGUUUUAUUGUUACCAGAAAUUUGUACCGUUCCCCAAGAAGAAAUAUUACCCGAAGGUUGUGAAGAGCUUUUAGAACUUUUUGCCAAUGACACGGCUAAGUUUACAAUGUGUGUUGUUACCAACGCUCGUCCAAUCAGAAUAUGUGAAAAUUGUGUGAACGAAUACUAUCAAGUCAAGCAAAGAUACGAAAACAUUCAAAGGUUACACCACAAUGACAGUAAAAUUGAUUGUCCAGCACUUUUAAACAAUAUAGAUCGACUACACGUUGUAUUGUAUAGUUACGAUUAUGUUAUAAAUAUGUGGAAGAAAGCAUCAUGUUCCUUGUGCUUAAAUGAUAAAGUGCCGAAUGACCAAACUAAGCAUGUAAUGAUGUUGGGUAAAUUAUUCGAAUCGUGCAUAUCAAACCAUAUUAACAGCUCUAACUCAAAUUCUACAGUUUGUGUUGAUUGCAAAGGUGAUUAUCUGAAUUUAACCAAUUACUAUAACGAGUACAAAAAAACAAGAGAAUUUUGUAUGGACGUCGUUGAUUUAAUCAACAUCACUCAAAUUGAAUGGAGCAUUGAGUUGAAUUGCCAUGUACCAAACUAUAAGUCUGAUUGGACACUGAUAGUAAUUGCAUCUGCUGUAUUACUAGCUCCUAUUUUGUUUUACUUAGUUAAUUGGUUAAUGUCUAAGGAAAGGUCAAAUGUACUUUUAUCUCGUGAGUAUUAUUACUUAUUAUUUAUUAUGUUCAUUACUGAUUGUUACGAAUGGGUGUGCGAUCAUCUACACGUUGAACAUCGCAGUACAACAAUUGUUAGAUAGGAAAAAAUUAUUAUAAAUGGACUUAACGUUUACACUUUUCUGUUUUGUAUGAGUUUUUCAAACAAAUCAUUAAAGUUACAAAAUUAAUAACUGUACUUGAGUAACCUUCAUUAACUGACAAAAAUUGUUUAAAUAAAAAUAUUACGAUCGGAUCACACAACAUUUUUGACAUGGUACAAUAUUUAGCCUCGGUGCUGUAAAUUUAUAUUUUUAAAAUAUCAUUUCCAUGUUGUGUAACAAUUGAAAAAAUAAAUAAUUCGAUCACAGCAUAGUCCAAACUCUGUUAUUUGAAUUCUUAUUGAUAUAAAAUAUAAGUAUAGAUCAUUUUACAAUAAUUUAUUGUACAACGAUGAAUUCAUUAUGCUAAGUAAUAAAAUAUCUAUUUUGUUUUGUAUCUAGCCUCCUAGUGGUAGUGCUCGCUGUGUUUACACCACAUUAACUGAAAACCACGCACUGCAUCUAAAUACAUGAGGUCAGUCGUGCGAUACGCAACAGACAAAAAAUAUUUCUCAGGCAACCUUGAGAGUGGUGUAAAUACUGCAGCACGACUGCUAACGGGGUUUCUAAGGCACGACUGUUUGGAGGUUAAAACCAAGUACGGAAUUAAAAUUUUAAUU